AUGGAACUGAACACGGAUGAACUGGAUGGUGCAAAUAAAGUUUGCGUCGUUGGAUCAGGAGCGUUGGGCCUCGUCGCGAUGAAAAAUCUCAUGGAGCAGGGCCUAGAAGUUCAGGCAUUUGAGAAAAAUGAACAUUUCGAUAUUACGCAAUGUAUUCAAUUUAGCACAUUGGUGACAAAUGUCAGACGCGAUGCGAAUGACAACGCCUGGCUAGUGUUCACCAGGAAUACCAGGACUAACUGGGAAGAAAUAAAGCGGUUCGGUAGAGUCAUAUUUGCGAUUGGCACCAACAGAAUUAAACAUCAACCAAAACUUGAGGGUAUAGAGACGUUCACUGGUGACAUCAUUCACUCACAGGAGUUGAAAGAUCUGAACAAAUACUCGGGGAAAAGGGUACUCGUUGUUGGGUCCGGCCCUACUGGGGCUGAUACGCUCCAAUUCUUGGAGGAAAUCGGCGCGAUGAAGCUGUACCUCAGCCAUAGAAGUGAGUUCACUGUGGUACCUCGAAUGAUUCGGGGUCGGCCACACGACCACUACAUUACCCGACGAAUGAUGAGCCUUUUCAGAAGCCUCAUCAGCUUCUCUCCGCGGUUUGCUUGUGCUCUUAUUAGUAGAGCGACUCGAAGUGCACAAAAGGCAGUCUUUCCCUUCCUGGCUUCCCAUAUGUCGCUUGCCAGACCCUGGAGUAGUGGCCGCGGAGUCUGCUUCCCAACGGGCUUGGUUGUCUCGGAUCACCUACCUUACCAAUUAAGAGACGGUAUUGUUGAAGCCGUGCCAGAGAUCCACAAAGUAAUAGGGCCAUGCUCUGUGGCUUGUGGAGAUAAGACAAUUACUAAUUUGGAUGCCAUCAUAUUCUGCACGGGGUACCGUCAUGAUUAUUCUAUUAUUGACGGCGCUGGCAACCCUGCGGACCCAGCAUUCGCAUCGGACCGGUUUGAAAGAUUCAACAACGCACAGUUCCGCAAAGCUAAUGAACAUUAUCCGAGAUUGUACUACGGUCUGCUUUCAGAAAGGUAUCCAAGUUCUUUAGCGAUUCUGGGAUUUAUUCUCACUGCUUAUGGCAGUGUUUUCGUUCAAUACGACUUGGCAACAAUGGCCCUAGCAUCCCUCUGGUCUGGUAGCUACCCAUUACCGUCUAAAGAAACAAUGAAGGAGGAAAUUGAUGCACACUAUGAGUUCGUAGUGAAGUCACUCGAGCGAGGUCCAAUGCCUUAUACUGGAUUCAGGGUUAAUGACAAAGCAGCGUACGAAUGGAUGAAUUUGGUAGCUGGCACAGGGAUCCACCAAAGAUUGGAAACAUGGGGUUGGGCGGGGUGGAGGUUUUGGUGGAGAAACAGGGACUUGUAUAAGCUACUGGUAAAUGGCAUUAAUGCACCAGCUGUGUAUAGGCUUUUUGACUCUGGAAGAGGCAGGAAGCCUUGGAAGGAUGCGAUGAAUAGCAUUGAAAGAACUCAGCAGGAGGUUAAAGCGAUUAAAGAGGCCUGGAAAGAUAAUAUUCCAGCGCAUGGAGUGGUUACUGACAGCUAA